AUGAGGGACAGAUCUUCUGUCACUCCUCAUGAACCACUCACAGACCAGCCCUACGUGCACACUCACAGACCAGCCUUACGUGCACACUCACAGACCAGCCCUACGGGCACACUCACAGACCAGCCUUACGUGCACACUCACAGACCAGCCCUACGGGCACACUCACAGACCAGCCCUACGGGCACACUCACAGACCAGCCUUACGUGCACACUCACAGACCAGCCCUACGGGCACACUCACAGACCAGCCCUACGGGCACACUCACAGACCAGCCCUACGGGCACACUCACAGACCAGCCCUACGGGCACACUCACAGACCAGCCUUACGUGCACACUCACAGACCAGCCCUACGGGCACACUCACAGACCAGCCUUACGGGCACACUCACAGACCAGCCUUACGUGCACACUCACAGACCAGCCCUACGGGCACACUCACAGACCAGCCCUACGGGCACACUCACAGACCAGCCCUACCCUACCACCUCAGUACCCUACCACCCCAGUACUCUACCACUUCAGUACUCUAACACCCCAGUACUCUACCACCCCAGUACUCUACCACCUCAGUACUCUACCACCCCAGUACUCUACCACCUCAGUACCCUACCACCUCAGUACCCUACCACCCCAGUACUCUACCACCUCAGUACUCUACCACCCCAGUACUCUACCACCUCAGUACCCUACCACCUCAGUACCCUACCACCCCAGUACUCUACCACCUCAGUACUCUUCCACCUCAGUACCCUACCACCCCAGUACUCUACCACCUCAGUACUCUACCACCCCAGUACUCUACCACCUCAGUACCCUACCACCCCAGUACUCUACCACCUCAGUACUCUACCACCUCAGUACCCUACCACCCCAGUACUCUACCACCCCAGUACUCUACCACCUCAGUACUCUACCACCCCAGUACUCUACCACCUCAGUACUCUACCACCUCAGUACCCUACCACCCCAGUACCCUACCACCUCAGUACUCUACCACCCCAGUACUCUACCACCCCAGUACUCUACCACCCCAGUACUCUACCACCUCAGUACCCUACCAGUACCCCCACCCCAGUGCUCUACCACCCCAGUACUCUACCACCUCAGUACUCUACCACCCCAGUACUCUACCACCUCAGUACCCUACCACCCCAGUACUCUACCACCCCAGUACUCUACCACCUCAGUACUCUACCACCCCAGUACUCUACCACCCCCCCAGUACUCUACCACCCCAGUACUCUACCACCCUAGUAUCCUACCACCCCAGUACUCUACCACCUCAGUACUCUACCACCCCAGUACUCUACCACCCCAGUACUCUACCACCCCAGUAGUCUACCACCUCAGUACUCUACCACCCCAGUACUCUACCACCCCAGUACUCUACCACCCCAGUACUCUACCACCUCAGUACUCUACCACCCCAGUACUCUACCACCCCAGUACUCUACCACCCCAGUACUCUACCACCCCAGUACUCUACCACCCCAGUACUCUACCACCUCAGUACCCUACCACCCCAGUACUCUACCACCCCAGUACUCUACCACCCCAGUACUCUACCACCCCAGUACUCUACCACCUCAGUACCCUACCACCCCAGUACUCUACCACCUCAGUACUCUACCACCCCAGUACUCUACCACCUCAGUACCCUACCACCUCAGUACCCUACCACCCCAGUACUCUACCACCUCAGUACUCUACCACCUCAGUGCCCUACCACCCCAGUACUCUACCACCCCAGUACUCUACCACCUCAGUACUCUACCACCCCAGUACUCUACCACCUCAGUACUCUACCACCUCAGUGCCCUACCACCCCAGUACCCUACCACCUCAGUACUCUACCACCCCAGUACUCUACCACCCCAGUACUCUACCACCCCAGUACUCUACCACCUCAGUGCCCUACCACCCCAGUACUCUACCACCCCAGUACUCUACCACCUCAGUACUCUACCACCCCAGUACUCUACCACCUCAGUGCCCUACCACCCCAGUACUCUACCACCCCAGUACUCUACCACCUCAGUACUCUACCACCCCAGUACUCUACCACCCCAGUACUCUACCACCCCAGUACUCUACCACCCUAGUAUCCUACCACCCCAGUACUCUACCACCUCAGUACUCUACCACCCCAGUACUCUACCACCCCAGUACUCUACCACCCCAGUAG